GUCACUCGAGAGCGCGCUCUGCCGACGCGCACAGCUGCCCUUCGCGGUAAUUUCUCGUCGUUUGCGUCGCGCGGCCCUUCGACGACGAUCCGCAGCGCAAUGGUUCGACGGCGCUCAUCACUCGCUGGCCUUCACGCCGCCGCCCGCAACCUCGACCUCGACAAGCUAAAGCGCAUCCUCGCGGUCGGUGCGGAUCCCAAUAGAGUACUCUCCCAAGGUCCGUAUCGUGACACGACGCCGCUUCUUGUUUUGUGCGGGCACUCCUGGCAAGACGCGAGAACCCCUGCUGUACUCGAGGCGUGGGCACGACGAGAGGAGGAUGUGGUCGCUUGCGCUGCCGCGCUCAUCGAGGCCGGCGCGGACGUGAAUCUCCGGAGCAGAUGGAUAGGGACGCCGCUUUCGCUGGCAGCAGGUGGUCUAUUGGGGGACGAUUGCUGGCGUGGUUACCCCAUGCCGCGCCUCGUGUCCCUGCUGAUAGCAGCUGGCGCUGACGUGACUUCGGCGGGUCGGUGGGUGCUGAAGGCGGCAGCAGAGUCAUUACUCUACUAUCGCGGCGACAAAGGCGAAAGGGACGCCGUCCGUGUUAUCAGCACGCUCGUCGACGCGGGCGUCGAUGUGCGUGGCCGGGAAAUAGAGGAGUUUCUUCCACGCCCUCGUUAUGUAGGCACCGAUGGUCGCGUCCGUGUUCCCUCGCGCCGCGCCACCAACCGCGUCAUCGCGAUCCUCCUCCGCGCCGGCGCGGCGGUUCCGGAACUGCGACCAUUGGUGGACGACCCAGCUCUCGGAUAUCUAAGAAAGGUGGCCUUGUCUGGUGGCUAUAAGAACUACGAGCAAAGGUGCCUCAGGGCCUUCGAGACGAUGCUUGCUCCGAAGUUCCCUCUGCUGCCCGAGGACGUCAUCCCAAAUAUUGUCCUAUUUGCAUUCCACAACGGGAUGUACGAGAUCGAGUGGCGCAUGCCACCGGGCGUGUUGGUGCGAAUCCGCGACGCGCUGCUAUCGCGCAGCGACGAAAUCGAUGAAAUUCGCGUAUCUGCAAAGGAGACGCGGUAUGCCGUGGCUCAUGGCUGGUGCGUCGAAGGGUCCGAGCUUCUGGGGCGGAGGGUGCGAGUCCCGCACUUUGUCCCUCCCGGCUACUCAGAAGGCAUCAUUCGGGGCUGGCUCGACGCUUAUGACUUUGAUCUCCGGGAGCGCCUCGGUGCGCGCCUGAUGAACUCUGCCUAUUGCGAGGGUAAAGCGGUGCCUCUGUUCCGCAUCUGUUUUCGGACUGGCCAUUAUGCGGGCCUCGUUGGCACGCCAAUGACGCUGGAGAAAGUGUCGAAGUUGCUGCUUCCGGCGUCGCCGCAAGACGCCAAGCCCACUCCCUCCGAGAUAGACGCCGCCCUGCGGGAUCGAGCCUUCACGCCGACUAUGCUGGCGUGCCUCCACGCCUCGCUGGAUUUGCCGGCCGACGCGAGUACGACCGAGUUCCUCGGCGCCGUGUACGACGCGGCGGUCGAGGCGGGCGUCAACCCCAUGCCCUCCAUGACAGUC